ACCAAGAAGCUGCGGGUGGCAGUAGAGGCUUCAAGCGAAGCAAAGCAAAAGGGGAACUAGCUCACCAGCUGGAUGCGGACCUCAGAACCCGGCCAGAGGACCAGAACUUUUGCAAGCAGCGCUGCGAGAAACCCUUCUUCCGCCUCAAGCCCCCACUCAGCACCCAGCUUUGCCUUUCCCGCUGCACGCAUGUUAGCGGGAGUUGCUAGCAGCAGCAGGUGCAGAAAGGCGGGUUGUCUUGCCUUCUGGAACUGUGUGGAGUGCAGCUGUUUCAACGCAAACAAGAGCCUAGCUUGAAAGUGGAGGAAUUUAGAGCGACCAGGCAAAGAGCAUACACAGGGGAAGCAUCGCUCUUGUGAGCAAGUCUCCUGCUAACCAGGACUGAGUUCUACCCAGGAAACUUCCCACCUCCUGGGAACCUCAAGCAUCAGGCAUCUGCGGCAAGGAGAGGUGUGUGAGAGUGUGUGUGCCUCUGUGUGUACUUGUGAGUACCUGUAGAGGCCAGGGCUUUGCUGCCUUGCCACAAAAUGGAUAACGUUCUUCCUAUGGACUCCGAUCUCUUUCCCAACAUCUCCACCAACACUUCUGAGUCUAACCAGUUUGUGCAGCCUACCUGGCAAAUUGUCCUUUGGGCAGCCGCCUAUACAGUCAUCGUGGUGACCUCCGUGGUGGGCAACGUAGUGGUGAUAUGGAUCAUUUUGGCCCACAAGAGAAUGCGGACAGUGACCAAUUAUUUCCUGGUGAACCUGGCCUUCGCUGAGGCCUGCAUGGCUGCAUUCAAUACGGUGGUGAACUUCACCUAUGCCGUCCACAACGUGUGGUACUACGGCCUCUUCUACUGCAAGUUUCACAACUUCUUCCCCAUUGCUGCUCUCUUCGCCAGUAUCUACUCCAUGACAGCUGUGGCCUUCGACAGAUACAUGGCCAUCAUUCACCCUCUCCAGCCCCGGCUGUCGGCCACUGCUACCAAAGUGGUCAUCUUUGUCAUCUGGGUCCUGGCUCUCCUGCUGGCCUUUCCACAGGGCUACUACUCCACCACAGAGAACAUGCCCAGCCGAGUCGUGUGCAUGAUUGAGUGGCCAGAGCAUCCCAACAGGAGUUAUGAGAAAGCGUACCACAUCUGUGUGACUGUGCUGAUCUACUUCCUGCCUCUGCUGGUGAUUGGCUAUGCAUACACUGUGGUAGGGAUUACACUGUGGGCCAGUGAGAUCCCUGGUGACUCCUCUGACCGUUACCAUGAGCAAGUCUCAGCCAAGCGCAAGGUGGUCAAAAUGAUGAUCGUGGUUGUGUGUACUUUCGCCAUCUGCUGGCUGCCCUUCCACAUCUUCUUCCUCCUGCCCUACAUCAACCCAGAUCUCUACCUUAAGAAGUUCAUCCAGCAGGUCUACCUGGCCAGCAUGUGGCUGGCUAUGAGUUCUACCAUGUACAACCCCAUCAUUUACUGCUGCCUCAAUGACAGGUUCCGUCUGGGCUUCAAGCAUGCCUUUCGCUGUUGCCCCUUCAUCAGUGCUGGUGAUUAUGAGGGUUUGGAAAUGAAAUCCACUCGAUAUCUCCAGACCCAGAGCAGUGUGUACAAGGUCAGCCGCCUGGAGACUACCAUCUCCACUGUGGUGGGAGCCCAUGAAGAUGAGCCAGAGGAAGGCACCAAGGCCACACCAUCAUCCUUGGAUCUCACCUCCAAUGGGUCCUCUCGAAGCAACUCGAAGACCGUGACAGAAAGCUCCAGCUUCUACUCUAACAUGCUGGCCUAGGCAGCAGGCAUAUUUCCAGGGCACAGCCACUAACCCAUCUUGUGUCGUUUAUUUAUGGAAGCCUUUGAUUUGGAAUUUGUUGGAAAUACCCUAACACUGGAGCUUUUUGGGAAGAUUCACAAUGGUUCAAGGAAAACAUUCCAUGCUGUAUUUAAUCUGGAUUCCUUCUUGUCUUUGUCAGUCAACCUCCAUGCUGGUGACACAAGGCUAUCUAUCAUCGGUUUCCCCUGAAGUUCAUCCCACGACUCCUGAAACAACUUCAUCUGCAUGCAAGGUGCUUGUCUAGGGAGGAAUUCUGCAAGGCACCUGACCUAUUCGCUUGGAGCAUGUCUUUCUUCAGUGAAGUCAUUCUCAGCCAUGUGCAGACUAGCUCACACCACUCCAGCCUUCCACAGGACAGUGUGAGCAAAAGAAGGUGCCACCUAAAUCGUAAUAAAAGCUCUAUCCCUGCCUAAGCACACAUGAAUGGAGGACACCUAUCAUUGUGCUAUCUCAACAUUUCAAUUUAUUUAAACAUCAUGAGAUUGACAAUAUUGGAUUCUUCUGUGUUGUGUCCCCAGUGCAACUAACUCCAACUGACUAUUGUCUACACAGACCAGCUGAUGUUCUCACCAAGAGUCAGAAGAUCCCCACCCACCAGGCUUAACAUAUCUGAGACUUUUCCUUCAUUGUAAAGCAACAGACCUGAACCAAACCCUCUAAGGGUCCCUUAGAGGCUCAAUGUUCUCUGGUUUAAUGAUGUAUAUACUUCAUUUUG